CGCACCCUCGAUUCUCGGAAUUUUUUGUUGGUUGGAAGAAGGACGCAUCUACACAGUUGUUUUGAAGAUAUUUUUGCAAAGAGGAAAUGUAGCUUCUCGUCACUGCCUACUUAAGAAUCCUACUACAUAGAAGAUGAUAUUCCACUCACUCUGGAGAUUAUGGAUACUCGUUGUUUUUCUAUUUAGUUGUUUUUCUGAAGUCAUCUUACGCUAAAUUAAGAUUUUCGAAAAUUUUCAUGAACUUUUCAAACAAAUGUUUAUGUCUAAGUCCUGAACCUGAUUGAAUGUCUCCCGUGCUUUCGUCGUCUUUGCGGGAGCAUUUCGCUUCAUUCAUUUGCCCCGUUUGGCGCAGAUGGGAGGAUGGUCGAGGACAGAAACGGAACGCAUGUGCUUUUAGCAGGCGUGACCCAGUAUGGUGCGGUCCUAUCCCAAAUACUUGGUGGCUCCCACCUCGACAUAAAGGUGCGGAGAAGGCUAGGGCCACUGCGACGGAUCAUCCUGGGGUGAUGACGGCUGCUGCGAUGAAGGUAAGGAUGCGGAAUGGUAAUGGUCUCAACAAGGCUGAGGUUCCAGAUUCUGAUGGUCCUCGUGGUCUCAAGAAUAUUGCGGUUCCAGAAGAUUCUACAGAUUGUUGUACCUACAGGCGCAAGUACAACACAGGCACUAGUAGAGUCCAGCGUUUACGACCUGCUCAUGAUCGUGACCGGAAUUUGGCGGAGAAUUCGAAAGCAGUUAUUCUUGACGUAAAAGAAGUGCAAGUUGUUCCCAAGAAUAACCACGAAGACUUGGAUUUGGAUGCUGUCCAGGAUGCGAACGCUCCAGAUACUAAACGUAGACAGAAAGUUCUUCUUUUGGUGCGCAGUCUAGCACCCACUUGGGCACAGCUAGAACGGAUUCAAGAAUGGCGAUCCGCGUGUCACAAGAACUGUGAAGCGAUCGAUCUAGACUUCCUUAUCAGCUUCGAUGUAACUCAUGUUGCAGCACGCCGUCAGUUGUAUCGUACCAGGUGUGAAGCUGCUUUGCGGGAGGAGUUGAAGAAUGUUGGACAGGAGAUUGUUGAAAGCAGAAGUCUACUUGAAAGUAGCAAUAGUCGUGAAGGUGUUUUUGACUCUGCUCCUCGACACGACGACAAGUUGUAUACGCUACUCUCCAAGCAGACCGCUUUAGAAUCCAGACUGCAGUCCUACAAAGAAUCCAAGACCCCAGAGAAUUUCUUUCUGCCGUCUAGCACAGACAUUGCGAAGUGCUUUCACCCAGACGAGAUUCAUAUUAAGGGUUGAAGCAUUUCAUUUUCACGUCGCGGUAUGAUUGUGACGUUUGUUAUUUGUAUUGGAGAAAAUUCAACUAAGGACUGCAAAAAUCCGGACAAAAUUCAAUCUUCUCGGGCAUGAUACGAAUCCGCAGAACACUCGCCGCCUACUGCGCUCCCUUCUGGAAAACCCUCACCCAAUUGCGAGCCAAGAACCUCGGGCGCCCUCCAAAUCCCCGCGCCCCUCCAGAAUCCCCCAGCAUACAUUUGCAGGCUGGUGCGGUGGACUCUGGAGGGGCGCGGGGAAUCACAUGAAACGAAACCAAAAGACAGAAAAACCAAGAGGAAGCAAGUUGCAAAAGCCGCUAAGCGGAGCACUUCCAGGACGAGGAGGCGACAAUAGUGACCGUUUUUGUGCAGUUCUUAGUUGACUUAGCGCCAUUCUAAUCAGCCAUCUGCGGAAGCACCAGAGGCACAGCGAGCACGCCACACCAUCGAAACUUAACAAAAAGAGGAGGCGCGAGCCCUUUGGAACUCAAGCGGCAACCGGUCCAGCCCUUCUUGAGAAAUGCCACGAAAUUGAAUAAACCUCUCUAUUGUUUGCCGCUUUCCUGCUCGCAAGGCCAUUUUUGGAAAAAAAUCUGAAGACAUCUUUUCACUUUUUUCAUCAAAAAUGGCCUAGCGAGCAGGAAAGCGGCAAACAAUAGAGAGGUUUAUUCAAUUCUGGCGAAACCCCCGCAAACUUCCCCGCUGAAAUACUUCAAAAGAGUGCGAACAACGCCAGCAAACCCCCCCGACAAUCUGCGCACAAACGGCGGCGCGCGUGAGUGGUCUGACCAUUUGAAGGCGGCAGCGCGUCGCUUCUCUUUGUAACUAAUCCCACCCGGCGCGAGAGCUUCGGGGCGCCGGGUGGUCAAAAGUCCAACACUUAACAACAUGAAAAGACCCAAGAACGAAGAACCUCGGGCGGAGUGUCUCAAACCUUUCCGAUUAUGGCGAAAAAUUCGACCACAGACAAGUGGAGUUAGAAUGGAGAAAAUUCAACUAAGGACUGCAAAAAUCCGGACAAAAUUCAAUCUUCUCGGGCAUGAUACGAAUCCGCAGAACACUCGCCGCCUACUGCGCUCCCUUCUGGAAAACCCUCACCCAAUUGCGAGCCAAGAACCUCGGGCGCCCUCCAAAUCCCCGCGCCCCUCCAGAAUCCCCCAGCAUACAUUUGCAGGCUGGUGCGGUGGACUCUGGAGGGGCGCGGGGAAUCACAUGAAACGAAACCAAAAGACAGAAAAACCAAGAGGAAGCAAGUUGCAAAAGCCGCUAAGCGGAGCACUUCCAGGACGAGGAGGCGACAAUAGUGACCGUUUUUGUGCAGUUCUUAGUUGACUUAGCGCCAUUCUAAUCAGCCAUCUGCGGAAGCACCAGAGGCACAGCGAGCACGCCACACCAUCGAAACUUAACAAAAAGAGGAGGCGCGAGCCCUUUGGAACUCAAGCGGCAACCGGUCCAGCCCUUCUUGAGAAAUGCCACGAAAUUGAAUAAACCUCUCUAUUGUUUGCCGCUUUCCUGCUCGCAAGGCCAUUUUUGGAAAAAAAUCUGAAGACAUCUUUUCACUUUUUUCAUCAAAAAUGGCCUAGCGAGCAGGAAAGCGGCAAACAAUAGAGAGGUUUAUUCAAUUCUGGCGAAACCCCCGCAAACUUCCCCGCUGAAAUACUUCAAAAGAGUGCGAACAACGCCAGCAAACCCCCCCGACAAUCUGCGCACAAACGGCGGCGCGCGUGAGUGGUCUGACCAUUUGAAGGCGGCAGCGCGUCGCUUCUCUUUGUAACUAAUCCCACCCGGCGCGAGAGCUUCGGGGCGCCGGGUGGUCAAAAGUCCAACACUUAACAACAUGAAAAGACCCAAGAACGAAGAACCUCGGGCGGAGUGUCUCAAACCUUUCCGAUUAUGGCGAAAAAUUCGACCACAGACAAGUGGAGUUAGAAUGGAGAAAAUUCAACUAAGGACUGCAAAAAUCCGGACAAAAUUCAAUCUUCUCGGGCAUGAUACGAAUCCGCAGAACACUCGCCGCCUACUGCGCUCCCUUCUGGAAAACCCUCACCCAAUUGCGAGCCAAGAACCUCGGGCGCCCUCCAAAUCCCCGCGCCCCUCCAGAAUCCCCCAGCAUACAUUUGCAGGCUGGUGCGGUGGACUCUGGAGGGGCGCGGGGAAUCACAUGAAACGAAACCAAAAGACAGAAAAACCAAGAGGAAGCAAGUUGCAAAAGCCGCUAAGCGGAGCACUUCCAGGACGAGGAGGCGACAAUAGUGACCGUUUUUGUGCAGUUCUUAGUUGACUUAGCGCCAUUCUAAUCAGCCAUCUGCGGAAGCACCAGAGGCACAGCGAGCACGCCACACCAUCGAAACUUAACAAAAAGAGGAGGCGCGAGCCCUUUGGAACUCAAGCGGCAACCGGUCCAGCCCUUCUUGAGAAAUGCCACGAAAUUGAAUAAACCUCUCUAUUGUUUGCCGCUUUCCUGCUCGCAAGGCCAUUUUUGGAAAAAAAUCUGAAGACAUCUUUUCACUUUUUUCAUCAAAAAUGGCCUAGCGAGCAGGAAAGCGGCAAACAAUAGAGAGGUUUAUUCAAUUCUGGCGAAACCCCCGCAAACUUCCCCGCUGAAAUACUUCAAAAGAGUGCGAACAACGCCAGCAAACCCCCCCGACAAUCUGCGCACAAACGGCGGCGCGCGUGAGUGGUCUGACCAUUUGAAGGCGGCAGCGCGUCGCUUCUCUUUGUAACUAAUCCCACCCGGCGCGAGAGCUUCGGGGCGCCGGGUGGUCAAAAGUCCAACACUUAACAACAUGAAAAGACCCAAGAACGAAGAACCUCGGGCGGAGUGUCUCAAACCUUUCCGAUUAUGGCGAAAAAUUCGACCACAGACAAGUGGAGUUAGAAUGGAGAAAAUUCAACUAAGGACUGCAAAAAUCCGGACAAAAUUCAAUCUUCUCGGGCAUGAUACGAAUCCGCAGAACACUCGCCGCCUACUGCGCUCCCUUCUGGAAAACCCUCACCCAAUUGCGAGCCAAGAACCUCGGGCGCCCUCCAAAUCCCCGCGCCCCUCCAGAAUCCCCCAGCAUACAUUUGCAGGCUGGUGCGGUGGACUCUGGAGGGGCGCGGGGACUCACAUGAAACGAAACCAAACGACAGAAAAACCAAGAGAAAACAAGUUACAAAAGUCGCUAAGCGGAGCACUUCCAGGACGAGGAGGCGACAAUAAAGACCGUUUUUGUGCAGUUCUUAGUUGACUUAGCGCCAUUCUAAUCAGCCACCUGCGGAAGCACCAGAGGCACAGCGAGCACGCCACACCAUCGAAACUUAACAAAAAGAGGAGGCGCAAGCCCUUGGGAAUUCAGGCGGCAACCGGUCCAGCCCUUCUUGAAAAACGCCACGAAAUUGAAUAAACCUCUCUACUGUUUGCCGGGUUCCCGCUCGCAAGGCCAUUUUUGGAAAAAAAUCUGAAGACAUCUUUUCAGUUUUUUCAUCAAAAAUGGCCUAGCGAGCGGGAACCCGGCAAACAAUAGAGAGGCUUAUUCAAUUCCGGCGAAACCUCCGCAAAGUUGUCCGCUGAAAUACUUCAAAAGAGUGCGGACAACGCCAGCAAACGCCCCCGACAAUCUGCGCACACACGGCGGCGCGCGUGAGUGGUCUGACCAUUUAAGGGCGGCGGCGCGUCUCUCUUCUUUGUAACUAAUCCCACCCGGCGCGAGAGCCUCGGGGCGCCGGGUGGUCAAAAGUCCAACACUUAACAACAUGAAAAGACCCAAGAACGAAGAACCUCGGGCGGAGUGUCUCAAACCUCUCCGAUUAUGGCGAAAAAUUCGACCACAGACAAGUGGAGUUAGAAUGGAGAAAAUUCAACUAAGGACUGCAAAAAUCCGGACAAAAUUCAAUCUUCUCGGGCAUGAUACGAAUUCGCAGAACACUCGCCGCCUACUGCGCCCCCUUCUGGAAAACCCUCACCCAAUUGCGAGCCAAGAACCUCGGGCGCCCUCCAAAUCCCCGCCCCCUCCAGAAUCCCCCAGCAUACAUUUGCAGGCUGGUGCGGUGGACUCUGGAGGGGCGCGGGGACUCACAUGAAACGAAACCAAACGACAGAAAAACCAAGAGAAAACAAGUUACGAAAGUCGCUAAGCGGAGCACUUCCAGGACGAGGAGGCGACAAUAAAGACCGUUUUUGUGCAGUUCUUAGUUGACUUAGCGCCAUUAUAGUUGAUGCUCUGAGCCUAAGAGCAACGCGCAUUUCUACUUCAUAUUGGGUAGGUCUAUCCCUUCAUGCAGCAUGAAUAUUGGCACUUAGAAAUGAAAUUUUUUGAUGUCCCGCCAUUAGGCUAGUAGUACUAAAUGGGACACCAACAUGACCAUGAUGAUGAUCAACCUUAACCUUUAAGAAUACCUACAACUGCCACGACUUGGAGCAUAAGCUGUAUCCUGGUUGGACCGAGCUGAGGAAGCAUGUUAAUCAACAACAAAUCACGAUACCGGGACCUUCGAAAUGUACGGCUUGGGCAUGGGGACUCCACAACGAGUGCGUAUUGGAGGCUGUGAGGUGGAAUUAAGGGCACCGUCAACUGAUCUCUCAUAUGAAACAAAAAUCUGUUAUCAUUAUCAAGCUUCUGAAGUAGAAAAGUGUGAAUUUCUUCUACGUCUACCUGAAAAAUGCUAAAAGAUGAAAAUGUUCUAAAAGAUGGGCUGCUCUAAUGGAAGGUUGGGAGAAAGAUCAUGGGGAGUAUGAUUACUACUUCUGCAGACAUGGAAAAAAGUAGCAGCAUGGGCUCCACAGCCGAGCAGCUUCCCUUAACCACUGCACUCGACCACUACGAUUACAUUUGGGUCUUGGAGGAUGAUGUUGGUUUUUCUGGGUCUGACAUUGCGCAGACUGUAAUCGCAGGGCAUAUUGAUGACCACAGUGACCUGCUCUCAAAGUGGUACGAAGGGCCAUGGGCUGGAUGGGUGUGGCAAUUUACGACGACGGGAGAGUUUUAUCGGCGAACUGGCAGAGAUUUCUAUUUGAAUAGUGUAGUUGCUCCGGAAUUCGUCCAGCGAUUCUCUAAGCGGUUACUCCGUGAGAUUGCUGACUGGAGCACCUCUGGCGCUAUUGCAUGGAGUGAGUUGUCGACUCCAACUAUAUGCUUCAUGAAGCCAGAGCUACGAUGUGGCGAGCUGCGAAGUGACGUGAUAGGAGACAUUUUCGUUUGGAAUGGUAAGGUGACUGAAGAUGAUUGGGAGACAAUUUGUUUACGGGAUAACACUGAAGAACGCAGUGGCCUGGGAGUGGGACGAGAAAAAGGAUGUAAUAAAGUGGAUGACGAUGUAACUUUGAAAAGACACAAUAUGAGUACUUCUUCUGCACAGGAUGUCAUCGAGACGGGCUUCUGCACAGACAACCCAGACACUUCGCUAUUGGAAUCAAAAACAAAGACAAGUUUCGGACGCCUUUAUCAUGCAUUGAAAUUUUGACGAUCAUGAUUUUGAAUGCCUUUACACGUUUCAAGAAC